AUGCGCAAAAUUAUUAUUAUCUGUAGCUCAUCGCCAUUGCCUCCUCAGAACGCUGCUACAGGUACAACUGCGGGAAGUGAUGUUGCAGGAUUAUUAAAUGGGUGGAAGAAAUUGGUAUCUUGGCGAAGCAGUAACGCAAUGCUUGAUAUAUUCAAGGUAUCGAUAACCGAUCACAGAGUCAUACAUAUACGUAUGUGUCCCCUUAAGCCUCAUGUUGGUGAAAGGGUUAACAGUCAUACUAAGCGUAAGCUGCGUUUGGUAACUUUGACUGUCGGGGAGAAUUGGUAUAUGCCAGUUGUAAGGAUCAUAAGAUGGAGCCAAAUGAUUCAAUCAACAAGCGACAAAGACCGGAAAAGAUGGUGUGCUUGUUCCAAGAUCGAAAAAGGAAACAGACCAAAGUGGCUUGAUUGGUAUCAGAAAGUUUCGCGGAAGUUGUUCCUGAAGCCUGUACACGCAUUUUUGACGCCGAGGGAUUUUGGCGAAGCGAUGAAGGGGUUGAUGGAUGGGGUCGAAAUUUUCAAGUAG